UCUGUUUUCUCUCACUUUUCUCCGAUCGUAGGUCAACUAUUUUCCGGCGAUCUUCUUCCGAUUUUUCAACCCGGAGCUUUUGUCAAACUUUUUGUCUCAGAGGAAACAUUACAAUGUCAGAUCCAAAAGUGAAUGCUGUGGAGGAUGCACUAGUUGCUGAUGCCAAGAGCUCACAAAUUCAAUUAGCCAAGGACGAUACUUCAGGUGGAACCAUACUUGGAAGGUUACUGCAGUGCCAGUGUUGUUCAAUGACCCAUAAGUUCUGGGAGACUCAACCUGUUGGGCAGUUUAAAGAUAUCCAGGACACGAGUUUGCCUGAAGGCCCAAUUGAGCCCGCAACUUUGGUGUCUGAGGUCAAGCAAGAGCCGUACAACCUUCUUGGUCAAUUCGAAUGGACCAUAUGCGAUGUGAACUCUGAUGAUGUGUGUUCAGAGAUGUACAACUUUCUCAAGGAAAACAAUUCUGAAGGGGGAUAUAUCAAGUAUAAUUACUCCAGGGAGUAUUUAAGGUGGGCAUUGUGUCCACCUGGUUAUUACCAGAGCUGGCAUAUUGGAGUCCGUGUCAAGACCUCGAAGAAACUUGUUGCUUUCAUCAGUGGUGUGCCAACAAGAAUCAGGGUGCGUGAUGAGGUUGUUAAAAUGGCAAAGAUCAAUUUCUUGUGUGUUCACAAGAAGCUCAGGUCUAAGGGACUUGCUCCUCUCAUGAUCAAGGAGUUGACUAGAAGGGUUCACUUGCAGAAUAUAUGGCAAGCGGCUUAUACCUCACGUCAUAUACUUUCUAGGCCAGUCACCAGCUGUAGAUACUGGGUCAGAAUGUUGAACCCGAAGAAGCUAAUCGAUGCUGGGUUGACAAGGCUUCGUGACAGAAUGACAAUGAGCAGGACUGUCAAACUUUACAAGUUACCAGAUGCACCGAUCACUCCUGGAUUUAGGGAAAUGGAGCGACGUGAUGUCCCUGCUGUUACAGAGUUGCUCAAGAACUACCUUUGCCAGUUUGGAGUUGCGACUGACUUUGAUGAAAACGAUGUCAAGCACUGGCUUCUCCCAAGGGAAAAUAUCAUCGACAGUUACUUAGUAGUAAGCCCUGAAACUCAUGAUGUCACUGACUUCUGCAGCUUCUACACUAACUCUACAACUAUCCCCGGUAACCGGAAAUACACGACAGUGAAAGGUGCUUAUUCUUACUGCAAUGUAUCGACACUGACCUCGUUACCCCAACUGAUGAAUGAUGCACUAAUCGUCUCGAAGCAAAAAGGUUUUGAUGUGUUCUACGCGUCGGAUGUGAUGCAGAAUGAGAGUUUUUUGAAAGAGUUGAGGUUUUAUCCAGGAUGUGGACAGGUGCACUACUAUCUCUACAAUUACCGUUUGAGAAAUGCAUUGAAGCCAUCAGAACUUAGGAUUGUUCUCUAGUACUGUUGAAACCGCUGUUACCGCUCCCCAAUGUAAACAACCUAUGAUCAUUAAACCAAUGUGUAGCCUAAGAUUCCUCUUCCUAGAUAUCAUUUGCAAGUAAUAUAAACAAAAGUUUAAA